CAUUUCUGCACUGCUGUCUUCUUCAGCUGCACCACCGUCAUGCCAUCUCAACUCUACAGAAGUUCUCUUCCGGCCAACCUCCUCUGGCUACUGGUAUUGCUCUCUCCUUUUCUUGUUCUUGUAACAGCAACUUCACUAGGGUCCCAAGCGAGGGCUCUAUUACACUGGAAGUCCACCCUCCAAGGUGGGCAAUUGCUGGCAUCCUGGAACAUCGACUCUCGUCCUUGCAACUGGACUGGGGUUGCAUGCAGCGUCACACGUAAGGGCCGCUUGGUCAUCACCGACGUGCAUCUGCCAGAUAUGAGCUUAGCAGGGCCACUUGAUGUAUUUAAUUUUUCGGCGUUGGGAUCACUCGCCACUCUCAACCUCAGUUGCAACCGGCUCAAUGGAACUAUCCCCCCUGCCAUCGCCACCCUCUCGCAGCUGGUAACGCUUGAUCUCACUGGCAACCUGUUCGUGGGCAGAAUCCCGAUCGAGAUGGGCUCAAUGAAGGGGCUCCAAUUCUUAAGCCUGAGUCAAAAUCAAAUAAUGAGUUCAGUACCUCCAUCGUUGAGUAACCUUAGUGGCCUUACGCACUUGGACCUGCGACAAAAUAAGCUUAGGGGUGUCAUCCCCAGGGAGCUGGGGAGACUCGAGAAGUUAAGAUUUUUGGAACUUGGGGACAACCAACUAUCUGGCUCCAUUCCUCCCAGUUUAGGGAACCUGACAAGACUGUAUCACUUGGCUCUUUAUGAAAACCAGUUAACUGGAUCCAUCCCUCCACAAUUAGGAGAUUUAAGAGACUUGGUUUACUUUUCACUCUCUAAUAAUAGUUUAACUGGUACCCUUUUUUUCAUCUUAGGAAACCUAACCAAGUUACAGUAUUUAUUCUUGUGGAGAAAUCAUCUUUCGGGUUUCAUCCCUCUUGAAAUUGGAAAUCUAAUUGAGGUUUCAAAUCUUGAUCUCUCGAGUAAUAUGUUAACAGGUCAUAUCCCUUCCACCAUAGGAAAUAUGAGUAACUUGAACAUACUUUAUCUUUUUGAUAAUGAGUUAUCGGGCUCUAUUCCUCCUCAGAUUGGAAAUCUUCUAGAGAUUACCAAUCUCUCUCUCCAAAUGAACAUGUUAGGAGGUCACAUCCCUUUUUCAUUAUGUAACUUAACCAAACUACAGUCUUUGUUUCUAUGGAAAAAUCAACUUUCUGGAUCCAUCCCUCAUGAGAUUGGAAAUCUCCUAGAGAUUACUGAUCUGUCUCUCCAUAUGAACAUGUUAGGAGGUCACAUCCCUUUCUCAUUAUGUAACUUAACCAAACUGCA